GGAGCCUCCGCCUGCCUUGCCCAGUCCCGGCGGCGGCGGCGGCGGCAUGGAGGCCCCGCCCGAGCGGGAGCAGCGCCCGUCGCCCCCCGCGCCGGCCCGGGAGCGCGCCCCGCCGCAGGCCGCCUACCACCUGAAGUGGUUGAGGUGGCGGGAGGCGAGCGCGCCGGUGGUCACGCAGAACGAGAACGGGCCCUGCCCGCUGCUGGCCGUCAUGAACGCGCUGCUGCUGGCCUGGAAGGUGAAGCUGCCGCCCAUGCUGGAGAUCGUCACCGCCGAGCAGCUGAUGGAGUACCUGGGAGACUAUAUCCUUGAUUCAAAACCAAAAGAAAUCUCUGAAAUUCAGCGUUUAAACUAUGAACAGAAUGUCAGUGAUGCAAUGGCAAUCCUGCACAAGCUUCAGACUGGUCUUGAUGUGAAUGUGAAGUUCACUGGGGUUCGAGUAUUUGAAUACACGCCUGAAUGCAUAGUGUUCGAUCUUCUUGAUAUUCCAUUAUAUCACGGGUGGUUAGUAGAUCCUCAGGUUGGAGACGUUGUGAAAGCAGUUGGUAACUGUAGCUACAACCAGUUGGUGGAAAAAAUAAUCUGCUGUAAGCAGUCGGUCAACAGCGAGCUGAGGGAGGAAGGCUCCAUAGCAGAGCAGUUCCUCAGUAGCACAGCCACUCAGUUAACUUACCAUGGCUUGUGUGAGUUGACAUCCACCGUUCAAGAAGGAGAGCUGUGUGUGUUCUUCAGAAACAACCACUUCAGCACCAUGACCAAACACAAGGGCCAGCUUUACCUUCUGGUGACCGACCAAGGUUUCCUCACCGAAGAUAAAGUGGUGUGGGAAAGUCUGCAUAAUGUGGAUGGGGAUGGGAACUUCUGUGAUUCUGAAUUCCACCUGCGGCCUCCAUCUGAUCCGGAAACUCUGUACCACGGGCAACAGGAUCAGAUUGACCAGGACUACUGGAUGGCCUUAUCUCUGCAAGAAGAGCAACGAAGCCAAGACCUCAGUUGGGAGCAGCUCCCGGAGGACGUCGGUGACCUCCAGCUGGCCAGGAAGCUUCAGGAGGAAGAAGAUCGACGGGCCUCACAGUACUGCCAGGAGCAAGACCCAGCUGCCACCACCGCUGAAGGCCAGCAAGCACAGGACGCCACCCCUCCCUCAGUGGGAAGGCAGCCCGGGGCCAGUGAGCUGAAGAGGAAAGAACCGCGGGAGAAGGAAAGGGAACGGGAGAAGAGCAGCUGUGCUAUUUUAUAGCGGAAGGGCACCUUGAGAGCCCAACGCAUCUGCCUGAAACACCAGGGAUCCUGUGAGUGGGCGCCCACCCACCUUCUGUGCCUGUGAAGCCCACAACUGAGGGCCUCCUCAAGAUCCCUGCCAGUGCAGCCUUGCUGAGGGAUCUGGACAGGGAGUGGCAUGCUGUGGGAUGGAGCAUGGUGGGAAGGUGGGGAGCGUGCCCCUGUGGUGGCGAAGCAGCAGCUCACCAUCUGCCUCUGGGGCACCUCUGGAUCAUCACGGGAAGAGGCGAUGUGCACUGCAGACAAAGCUCUGGCACGGGGUGUCCCUGGACUGGUGGGCUGAGCCUCUCAGCAAUGUUCAGCUGAGCUUCCUUGACUGACCUGGCCAAGAAUCAGGCUUCAGAACGCCUUGAAGCAAGAGAAGGCGAGAUCCCCUGCAGACGAGGCUCGCCAGUCUGAUCUCUCCAGUUUUUAAUCAACUCUCUAUAGGGAGGGGGAGGAGAAUGGAAGAAGCGGAUGCUUAAAUUUGCUUGAGACUGGCAUUGAGUGUGAGCAACGUGAACCUGUGGCCGGUCAUCUGCCACAUCACGUGAACUUUGGGUCCGUUGUUUGGAUUGGGUGAAAUAGAUCGUUUCAGGUCACAGAUCCUAACAAAUGAAUCCUCUGGACACCAGUGGCCCUUUUUUGUUCCUUAAGAUGUGGUUGUUCUCUCUUUGGAGAAAACAUGUCUCUGCGCAGUUACCGCUGGGAGUGGGGAUGGAAUCCAGUUUCGUAAGACCUAAUAUAAAUCCACAGGUUACGUGUCACAGGAGAGAGAGCCUCCCAGCUGGAAUUACCUGUUGACUUUUGCAAGGAAGGAAGGGUAGCAACCUUCAUCUUCUCAAUAACUUUAUAGCACUUUGCAAAUGCUUUAGACAAUUUUUGCUGCACUUCUAAAGACUGGAUUUAAGGACAGACUUAGCUGUCGAUAUGCAGAUUUCAGUCCCAAGUCAACAUUCAUGCAGAAUGUGGUAAUCUAACUACAGGGAAGGAGAUGAUUGAAAGGUCAUUGAAGACCUGUAGCUUAAUAUUUUUUCCUGAAAUGAACAGUCUUUUGGAUGGAGUCUAGACUCGCAGGGCAGUGACCUGUCUCUAACUCUUGCCGUAUAGCUCUUAAGCAAUACGGACAGAGGACAAAGAACGGGGAAAAGAAUAAAUAUUUAAUUUUAGCAACAUUAUUUCCACAAAUGAGGUUUGGGGUUUGCAUUUGCUGUGUAUGCAUUUUUAAAUAUGAAAUGCCCUGGCCAGUUGCUGACAUGUGUAAUGGUUUUACGCAAAACUGAAUAUACCUUGUAUCAUGUUGGAGUGAUACGCAAGUGUGUCUCUUACACAUUUCCAAUCUUAUUUGAGAUGUGUGCAUUACCCUAUCUGUUUUGGGUGCCACCCUGUUCCAAUAGCUUUGAGAGCCUGAAGUUAGGCUGAAGUUUAUCCUAAAAAGGAAUCAGCCUUACAGUUUACAUGAAGUGUACAUUUCUUGUUUUGUUUCUUGCGUGCUGUGUUUGACGGUUAUGACAUACAGAAAUCUCGCAAACACAGGACCAAUUGGCAGCUUGCUUCAGUCACCUGCCAGAAGUGAUGUCCUGAGGGAGCCAAACAAUUCCUCACAUGCCUGUGCCAAGGGAAAUGAUCUUGCCAAAAUUGUGCCAGGGGUCGUUGUCUUCCUCAGGGGCUGGUCGUUGGCAUGUUGGGGAAGCAUUGCGUCUGGUGAAUGGCUCUUGAGUAGAGAAGGGUGCAGGGAAAGGGCAUCUUUCCUGCCAAGCAGCAGUUUAGUUCAAUUCCGUGUCUUGUCAGCGCAGCCGUCCUUGUGGUGGCUUGGCAGCCUCUGUUGGGACGUGGUAGCUGGGCCGGUGCUGGUGGCAGCAGGGGGCCUUCAUUCUCAAAGGAUGUUGCCCUCUGCCCCCCCCCGCCCACUUGUUGAGUGGCUUCUGCAGCUGGAGGGCAGUCCCUGAGGCCUUACUAGCGGACUUCCCAUUGGCUACCUCUCCCCAAAGUUACUGUCAAGCCUUUUUAUCUCUGCAGAAACUUUGUUGUUUCGCUUUGCUUUGCCUCCACGUGAUGCUGCCCUGCCUGCCUUAUGACGCCUAGGUUUUUAGCUGAGCCCAGCACUCCUGCCACUGAGGGGAACCAGAUGCACCAGGGGCGAUCCGGGAGGGAAACCAGACGAGGGGCUGUGCUGGGGGAAGGCAUGCAGAGCCAAGUUCAUCAGCACAACCCUUGAACACUGCCAAAUACUUUUAUAAUUUUGUAAGAUACUGCUGAAAAACACCAGAUCAUGGCAAUUGUGAUAGGAGCUUCCUUGCGUAAUUAGAAUGACUUGCUGGUUUGGCUCUUUCCCACAGCAGUCAUUUUGCCUCCAUUCUACAAUCCUGAAGAGCACAAGCCCCAUGGGAGGCCCGGGCUAAUGGAGAGGAAGGAGAAGGGAGGAAGUGGCCAUUUGGUCAACUCGGUUGGGGAGCUGCUCCCUUCCAUUGCCCACUGCAGAGCCUUCGUCUGGCUUGGUGGUGGCAGCCGCAGCCUUCUGCCCCUGCCACGGUUAGAUGUGAUACAUUCAAGCUUCAGGCAGUGUUUCCUUCAGUCCUCCAUAUUUACGGACUAUUAGUCACCAGCUUCCUUUUAGCAAAUCAGACACUUUGCAUGAAUUUACACUGUGAUCAGCGAAUAGCUGUUUUCUGAUGAAUACUGUCAAUAGUCUUCGAUGUCUUGAGCCGAUACCUGUCGCUAGUCUCAUUGUCUAAUUUUUAUAUAUAAUUUUUAACAGAGUUAAGUGACUUUCUCAUGUAAUAAAAAUUUAGUCAGGUUCUAGCAUUUAUGUCAUAUUUGAGCAGAGAAACCAAAGCUAAUCUGCCUAGUCUUGUGGUGGGCCGGGCAUCCCGUUAAAGGCGAUUGCUUUGGCCGACCCUCCCUCCAGAUUGAGGCUGACUGGCCCCUAAAUGAACCAGACCACCUUCAUCCUAGUUUCCAACAAGUCAGGCCAUCUCCAGGCAAGUGUGCCAAAGAAAGAACAAUGCAACCCAAGCAAUUUUUGUUUAGCUCCAGGGGGUUCAGGAGGCGCUUAAUGCUAGAAACUCACUUUUCUGCACAGGAGUGCUAAAGAUUGCCCCCUCCGGUCACUAAGAAAAGCAGUUCACUGCCAUACUUGGGCAAGAAAUAGGUGAACCGAACUGGCCGAGUGGAACCAGACGGGAAAGGAAGAAUAUCAAUGGUGAACUUUCCUACCCCACAGCAAUUAAUAUGCAGCAAAUCUCUGGGAGUAAAUAGGCAAUCACGCUUUGUGGGGCAACGGUACUGGUUUUGAAAGUGUGCUUUUAUACCUUUAGCUACAUUAUUUUCCAGAAAGUAUUAAAUUUUUGAAGCAUAGUUAAACCAAUACAGGGAAACAACGCUAACCAUAUUUUACUCAAGUGUGUGAAGAUGAGAGAACAGGACUGAACACAUUAAUCUAUCCAGGCAGGUACUAUACAGAUUAUGAAGUUUAUUUGGAAAGGAGAUACAUUGGUUUGGGUCCACUCAGUGUAACAAGUUCUGCAAAAAUAGUUACAUAAUACCCAGAAAUUAAAACCACCAUCCUUAUUUUCUACACACCGAAAAGCAGGGGGGUUGAUGUACAGCUUUAGGUUCCCAUAUAUUUUGUGCUAAGUACCUGAUUUUCAAGACUGACGUUCACAGAGCUAAUGCCGGUAAAUUAAAACUACCUGGCGAGAACAUGUUCUCUGUACAGUCUGCAUGUAUUUGCUUCCCAUUAAUUUGGGAGCUCCUAGAGUUAGACGGAACAGCACUCUUCAAAAGAAUCAUGAACUACCCCAAACCCAACAGCCUAACUUAUUUAAAAUGCCUCCAAGUGAGGAAAAAGUAGCCAUGUUAAAA